AUGGCGUCCAAGCAGAAUACUUUUGAUUUUAUUGUCGUCGGAGCUGGACCUGCGGAUUGUGCCCUUGCAGCUGCACUCAGCAAGUCCGCUGCCAAACCCCGCUUGCUGCUAUUGGAAGCAGGUGGUCAAAAUGACGAUCAGUCCCAGCGUGUAGACGGGAAGCGCUGGACAACUUUCAUGAGCGAGGGUAUGAAUUGGGGGUACAAGACCACGCCUCAGGAAGCAUGCGAAGGUCGGGUGCUGGAUUAUUCACGCGGCAAAGGACUGGGUGGGGGCUCAGCAAUUAACUUCGGUGUUUUUACCAUUGGCGCAAAAGAUGAUUAUGAUACCUGGGCUGAGGAUGUCUCCGAUGAGACUUUCGGGUGGAAGGCCAUGCAGAAGCGGUUAAAGGAUCUUGAGGUGUUUGAUGGGUCUAUCGAUCUCCCAGAAAAUCAGAAGUAUGCGCAGCCCAAGGCGGAAGACCAUGGAUAUCAAGGGUGUUUAAAGACUGGGUAUGCAAAGGAAUGGGAGCAGGAUCUAACUCUCGUUCUGGAUCAGCUAGAGGAGGCUGGAUUGAAGCGGAAUCUUGAUCAUAACUCGGGCAAUCCCCUUGGUAUGGGAAUAAUGAUCAACUCCGCUAGCAAUGGACGCAGAACUACUGCUGCGGAUUUGUUGAUUGGCGCCCCGGAUAAUCUGGUCAUUGUGACGGAUACACCAGUCCGGCGAGUUAUGUUGGAAGGUAAGAAGGCAGUUGGCGUUGAGACAAAAGGCAAGAUGUAUCUCGCCAGCAAAGAAGUAAUUAUAUCGACUGGAGCCCUUGAUGCCCCCAAGAUCCUGAUGCACUCAGGGAUCGGGCCAGCCUCCGAGCUGAGCAAGUUCAACAUCCCGGUGAUCCAAGACCUACCUGCGGUCGGCCAGGGUCUAAAAGACCAUUUCUUUGCGCCAUUGAUUUUAAUGCGGAACCCCGAUACAAAUGACCGUAAUACAUUCUAUGGAUCGAAAUCCGCCAUGGACGACGCUCUCACGCAAUGGAAGAAAGACGGCACGGGACUCUGGAACCGAUACGGCUGCCAGAUUGGGUGUGGAUGGUUCAAAUCCGACCGCGUGACUUCCUUGCAAGAGUUCAAGGACCUCCCCGCUUCAGUACAGGACUUCAUGAACAAGGAGACAAUCCCUCACUACGAGAUUAUCAGCGGGUUCCCCGCGCACAACAUGUUCCCCCAGCUGUUCCAGGACUACAGCUACACCUGCAUGGUUGUAUUCAUAAUGAAUGAGCAGUCUAGCGGCGAGGUACGAUUGCAAUCGUCGAAUCCAGGAGAUCCCCUUCUUUUUGAUCCCAAGGUGCUGCAGCACCCAUUCGACCAACGUGCUAUGGUCGAGAUCUACAAGGAUCUCAUGGAGAUGACCCAACACCCAUCUUUUGCCAAGGAUACGGUAUCCACGAUACUCGCACCGGCGUCUGAGAGCGAUGAGGAUAUUCUGCAAUUCUGUAAGGCCAAUGUGUCAUCCACCUGGCAUAUGACUGGAACCGUAAAGAUGGGCAAAGAAGGGGACAUCAAUGCGGCGGUUGAUAAUCGUUUCCGGGUGUUUGGGGUUGAGAAUCUUCGCGUUGCCGAUAUGAGUGUUGUCCCUGUUUUGACAAACAAUCAUACACAAGCGACAGCCUAUUUGACAGGUGCUACUUGCGCUGAUGUCAUGAUUCGGGAGUAUAAGUUAGAUCAGUGA